UUGGUUUUUUUGCCUGAAAAGAACUUCACUGUGCAAGCGCCCGGCGGCACAAAGGCCUAUGUAUGUAGGUGUGCAGUGGGGCAGAACCUCGCUUGUUGGCCCAGAGAACUCAACUCUCCUGACCACUUAGUACACCUUUCAUUCACAAUGCCCACUUCCCGUCACCUACCCAUCCAAACCAAAUGUCCUCGGACUCGUUUGUUUAAACAAACAUCCAGUCCGCGGAAACACGAGGCCAGACCCAGACCAUCUCACCCUCUCCCUCUUUCUUCCCUCUCAACCAUCUAAUACUACCUAUUAAGGUACCCAGCUCGCCUAGCAUGCCACCGUUUGGCCCCGUUCACAUCCUCGAGCCCCGGGCUGAACACACUCACACCAUCAUCUUGCUUCAUGGCCGCGGCAGCAAUGGCGAGGAGUUUGCCCAAGAAUUACUUGAGUCCAAACUCUCCAACGGGAACACACUGCAGGAACAACUCCCGACUUGGCGAUGGGUCUUCCCUUCGUCCGCAGAGCUCUGUAGCACCGCUUUCCAGGAGACAAUGCCGGCCUGGUUCGAGGCACACUCUCUGACCGACGUCGCCUCAAGGCAAGAUCUGCAGAUGGCCGGGAUACGCGACUCGGUACAGUACGUGACCCGUUUGCUGGACGAGGAGACGGAGAGGAUGGGUGGGGCAGCUCACAGGGUUGUGCUGGGCGGCAUCAGUCAGGGAGGCGCGGUCGCCAUGUGGACCUUGCUGUGUGCAGGCGAUAGAGACGUCGCCCGACGCUUGGGAGGGUUUGUGGGCGCAAGCACCUGGCUCCCCUUCGCCGAGAACCUCGAGCGGUAUCUGGGCGGACAGAACAGGACGAACCACGACGCCCCGGGGAACAACGAGGCCAUGGGGGAUGACGUCACGGGAGGCGGCGGCGACGACGACGACGACGUCGUCCAAGUCAGUGAGGCUGAUGCGUUCGUGAAGGCCAUGACCGCUUCCGCGAGACGGACUCGGCACCAGCGUGACGCUUCUGAGGCCGACCAGCAUCCUGUUCCGGUGUUUCUGGCCCACGGGACGGACGAUGCUUUUGUGGAUGUCGAGCUCGGACGGCACGCGGCACGCGUGUUGAGGAAGGUUGGGUUGAAGGUCUCAUGGACGGAGUACUCUGGGGCGGAUCAGGAAGGUCAUUGGUUGAAAGAACCGGAGGAGUUCGAUGAUAUUGUAUGUUUUCUAGAGUCCGUCUCGUCUUCGAUAUAUUAAUUAAUGCACGCGAAUGUAGUUGGCCGACCCGCACCGGAGGACCUCAGCCGAUGUGCCCUGCAAACACCGCAGGGAGCAGGGCCGCAAACG